AGCGAAGAGAACGAAACCGCCUGACCGACUUCCUUGCAGCGAUAAAUUCCUCCAUUGACAGAAGUCAACAAAAAAAGGCUGCACUGCACACAUAUCUCGACCAUUUUUUUCGAAAAUGAUUCGCUUCAUAUUAAUUCAGAAUCGGGCUGGGAAAACUCGUCUUGCAAAAUGGUACAUGAACUUUGAUGAUGAUGAAAAACAGAAAUUGAUUGAAGAAGUUCAUGCUGUAGUAACUGUGAGGGAUGCUAAGCAUACAAACUUUGUAGAGUUCCGUAAUUUCAAGAUUGUUUAUAGACGAUACGCAGGGUUGUAUUUCUGCAUUUGUGUGGACAUCGCUGACAACAACCUUGCAUAUCUUGAGGCCAUUCAUAAUUUUGUGGAAGUCCUCAAUGAAUAUUUCCAUAAUGUUUGUGAACUUGACCUGGUAUUUAACUUUUAUAAGGCAUAUAGCGUUGUAGACGAAAUGUUUCUUGCUGGAGAGAUUCGUGAAACCAGUCAAACCAAAGUUCUUAAGCAACUUCUUAUGCUCAACUCACUGGAAUAACCAAUAUUUGUUUACUGAGAAAUCUCAUGAUUUAGAUGGACUUUCUGAAUAGUUUAUGAUGAUGUAAUGCAUACAAAGGAUAGUUUUAUAUUGCAAAAAGUUUUACAACACAGAUAAUGGCAUGUUGCAUUGACCAAAGGACCAGUGUCUUGUACUAGGGUAUAAUUUAUGACUUCGUAUAGAUUGUACAUCAUAUACAUUUAGUGUGACUGACACAUACCCUAUAUUAUGUAAAUGUUUUGAAAUAACAUUCCAAAAGCUGUUUAGCAUAACCUGUUUGUGGAGGGUAUUACAUCACAUUAUCAUACUCAUUGCCAUUUGUCUUCUGCUCUUAGUGAGUUUUGUUCAUUCUGUGAGAGGUAUGAAUGAUUAGUUAUGUCGGUGUGUGUGUGUGUGUUUGCCUGUUUGCUUUUAUGAACUG